AUGUCUUCGAAACGCAAGUGGGAUCACACAGGCCCCGAGGGCGAGGAGGCCGAGCCGACCUCUGUGAAGGCCGUCAAGGUUGAGGACGGCAAAAGCGCGUCGGAAGCCGCUGCCGCUGCUGCUGCCAUCGCUGCCAAAAUUGCUGCACAGUUUGCGGGACCGGCGGGCUCUGCGGCGGGAGGCUCCAAGGACCCCCAUGACGGAGAAUUCACACACGACAUCGACAUUAACGACGUGAGGAACCGGUACCUCCUCACCAAAGGUGCUACCCAGCAGCAGAUCCAUGAUGAUACAGGGGCCUCAAUCAGCACGAAGGGUGUGUGGUACCCCGACCGCACAAAGGCGACGGAGAAAGACCCACCCCUGUAUCUUCACAUCUCGGCAACCACCCAGGAAGUCCUUCAGAGCGCCAUCGACAAGGUCAACGACCUCAUCACCCACGAUAUGGGGUCGCUCGUAGAGGAUAAGACGUCGCGUAGAGGGGAAAGGCGCAAAUGGCCUGAAGAAAAGAUUCCUGUCGGAAUCGAUACCAUUAGGAAUUUCAAUGUCCGAGCCAAAGUCGUUGGUCCAUCGGGGAUGUUCGUCAAGUACAUCCAACAAGAGACCGGGACUCGCGUGCAAAUCAAGGGUCAAGGGUCGGGCUUCGUCGAUCAGGAGACUGGCCAUGAGCACGAUGAGCCCAUGUUCAUCCACGUAACCGGGCCUGACGAACAGCAAGUGAUGCGCGCGAAAAGCCUGACUGAGGACCUCCUGGAUGUUGUCCGGGGCGAACAUGCAAAAGUCAAGACGGCGCUCCAACAGCAGCAAAUGGAGCUCCACCAAGCACAAGCCCAGUACGCCGCUUACAGUACUUAUGGUGUAUGUAUGCUCCGCUCAUGUUGGUGUCGUUCGUGCCAGUCACUUGUGCAAUACAAGUCGCCCGUUACUCGAUCUUGGUCUGUAUUUUAUUCGGUUGAUUCGCUCACGCUUGCAAUUAUAGGGCUAUGCACCCCCUCAACCUGGCAGUGCUCCUCCGCCCCCUCCACCUGGCGAGCAGCCUCCACCGCCACCCGACGGGAGUGCCCCACCACCGCCAGCUGGUGCCGUUCCGGCGUCGGGAGCGUCAAGUGGCGAUUGGGAUGCAUACAACCAGUACUGGUACGUGCUAUGAACUUUGGUUCGUGGCUGAGCUGA